GGCGUGGCGCUGUGACGUCACAAGGCUGCGCCGGUCUGUUGUGCUUCGGCUGAAGAAAGGUUUGUGGCUUUAAGCAUUUAAAGCAUACGGGCUAGUUUUGUUAUUACAGAUGAUGUAAAAUGGCUUAUUUAUUAUCGCAUGUAACAUUGCAGUGCUUCAUCCAACAUGUUUAGCCUUAUUCAGAGAGUAAAGCAGAUGAAGAUGGAGUUUAUUAAAGAGGAGAGCGAAGACUUGAAGAUUGAAGAUGCAGUCCGUGUGCAACAAGAAGAAGCGGAGGCUCAGACAGGCCUGAUGCUGCUGAAAGAGGAGAGUGAAGUACAAGAUGAAAUGGAAGAAAAAGAUCACUGUAAGAAAUAUCAUGAUAUCAUAACUGAAGUAAAGUCUGAAAAGAGUUCCUCACGAAAAAGUAAUUUCACCUGCCAACAGUGUGGAAAGUGUUUCUCCACAAAAGGAAACCUAAAACUCCACAUGGACCUUCACACUGGAGAGAAGCCUUACGCCUGCCAGCAGUGUGGAAAGUGUUUCACUAAAAAAGGAACCCUUAAAGGCCACAUGAGCAUUCAUACUAGAGAAAAGCCUUACACAUGCUCUCAGUGUGGAAACGGUUUCACCCAGCAAGGAAGCUUUAACAGGCACAUGAGAGUUCACACUGGAGAGAAGCCUUACACCUGCAAACUGUGGUGGUAAGAGCUUCACGACAAAACUAAAACCUUAAGUAUCACAUGAACAGUCACACUGGUGAGACUUCAUUUACAUGUGAUCAGUGUGGAAGGAGCUUCAGACAUAAGGUAACCCUUAAAAAGCACAUGAAGGUUCACGCAAGAGAAAGCAGUUUUACAUGUCAUCAGUGUGGAAUGAGUUUCUCAGACAACAAACACCUUAAGAAUCAUGUGAUAACUCACACUGGAGAGAAACCUUACAUGUGCCUGCAAUGUGGAAAGACUUGCUCAAACAAUACAAACCUUGGUGUUCACAUGAGAAUUCACACUGGAGAGAAGCCUUUCACCUGCCCUAAUUGUGGAAAGAGCUUCAGAUUUGUAGGAAACUUUCAGACUCACAUGAGAGUUCACACUGGAGAGAGGCCUUUCACAUGUCUCGAGUGUGAUCAGAGUUUUACGUAUCAGAGAGACCUGAAACGUCAUUUGUUAACUCACUCUGGAAAGGAAUUCUAGUGAUCGUCUGUGGCAAGAGGUUUACAAAUUUCAGAAAUCACCUGUGGAUUCAGUCUGGAGAAAGGCACAUUUCUUAUGAAAUAAAUUUCUUGUCAUUAGGGGGCAGUUGUGGUCUAAUGGUUAGAGAGUCCGACUUCGAGUCUCGGGUCCGGCCGGGAGGUAGUGAAUAUCAGCGCUCUCUUCCACCCUCAAUACCACAACUGAGGUGAGACCCUUGAGCAAGGCACCGAACCCCCAACUGAUCCCCGAGCGCCACAGCAUUGGCUGCCCACUGCUCCGGGUGUGUGUUCACUACUGUGUGUGUACACUUGGAUGGGUUAAAUGCAGAGCACAGAUUCCAAGUAUGGGUCACCACACUUGGCCUCACUUCACAAAGAUACACCUGAAACCCUAUGUGUGUUCUGUGUGAAAAGGCUCUGCAAUUGAAAUGGGACCAUAAAGUACUAGUGAUGCCGUGAAAUUUCAACAACAAAAUUUUGCUGAAGUUUAAAUAUUGAACAGUUUCGAGAGACACCCUCUAAUUUCAUUGUAUGGAGAUAUCUUUCAUUUCAUUGUAUUCACAUUAGUCUCUUGGAAUCAAAUUGUCAUUUCACAGAAGAACAGAAGUUUAUCUUACAAUGUAAAAGACAACAUUAUAAAAAAUAACAUUUAAUAACAUUGUUGGGGUUCAUCUGGUGGAUCCAGCUGUGGGUUUUGCCUUCGUUAAACAUUCUAGUAGUCCUACUGCUGAUCCUAAGUAUUUCUAGCUUAUUUCACAAAGUGCAUUCAGAAAAUAUUAAAACUCCUUCAUUUUUUUUUUUUCACCUUUUAUGUUGUAAUGUUUAAACCUCUUAAUUAGCAAUGAUUGAAGGUCUUGAAACCUUUGGUCUACAGCAGUGGUUUCCAAUCUUGUGCACAUCUUGUAUGUAUCCCUAAUUAAAUGCACCUUGAUACAAAUGGUAACCAGUGCCGAGAGAUAAACACAGGUGUCACACAGGCUCAUUUAAGACCGGGGCUGGUUGCACCAGCUGGAUGUACACCCGGUUGUAAGACUAGGCUGGACGUAAAAUGCACUUUAAGUUGUGCGUAGAAUUUUUACCCAUUGCUCCAUCUCGGCAUAGUGCUAUGUCUGAGACUAAAUCUUACGCCUAGUCAGAGGUAGGUAUAAAGUGAAAAGUCAUGAUUUGCUCGGACAUUAUAUGUUUUUAGGAUUCAUUCUUACUGCAGACGUGAACUGUAAUGUUUAUGGUCUUUUCGGGCAGGAGGAGGGGGGGGGUUUCAGCCAAAGAAAGAUGCCAGUAAAGUCACAUUUAUUUCAGGAAAGACAUUCGUUGUACAUAAGCUUGAUAGUCAGCUAUAAAAAAAUAAUUCUAGAGAGAAGCAUUGUAUUACAUUUAUUAUAUUUUACUUAACCUUGAUGAAAUAUGUCAUGGGAGUGUGCAGGGAGACUUCGGAUAUAAAAACGUGGACUUGUUAGGAAAUGUUUACUCAAUGAAAUCAUGGUGCGGUGGCUUCACUUGUUAUGAUGUCUUGAGUAAUUCAGUUCUAUAGGUCUAUUAGUAGUUAUAGCUGAGACGACGUUCACACCACAAUAGCUACAUCUAUAACUGUGGGAGAAUGUGCAGGUGUAGACACACAUUGUCUGCGCCGGGCGUAGUUGCGCCUGAUCGUAGUUUCAGUUGGUGCAACAGGUGUAAAUAUUUAUCGUAAAGCUGGACGUUGCAAAGCCCAGCGUAGAGCUUACACCCAGCUUUUUUACGUCUGGAUGGUGCAACCGGCCCCAGUCAUGCUGCGGUGUUCAAAAUAACAUCCAUCUCCUCUAAAAAGGUGACUAGUUGACCUGGAAGGUGAUGAAUUGCAACAAUAUGGAGUUUUACAGGACUUACUACAGUAACAGCAUGAAAUACUCUUCUCUAUGCAAAAAUAAUUAUUUUGUAAGUUGUGUAUUUCCAGUUUUGUUAGAAAUAAGACACCCUCCCAACCUGAUGAGGGGUUUGAAAGAAAGAGAAAAGCAGUAGAUGUUUCUCUCUUCAGGUUGAAUCCAGGUCUUAAAAUACAUGUUUCAGCAUAAAUUUGGCUCUUGAAUUCAAAGCUUUACAAAUCUUUUGUUUCGAAUCAGUGGUUCAGAGUGCCAAAAUCACAUGAUUUCAGUAAACGAGGCUUUGUCAUGUCAUAAGUGUUUUGAAACGUCAAUAGUUCAGGGGAGUUUGGCAGUUUGAUAUGCGAUCCUGAACCACUGAUUUGAAACAACAUUUGUAAUGCUUUGAAGCUUCAUUAAGCAGUGUUUUGAAAUUGCCCAUCACUAGAUAUUGUGGAAUAAAUUGUGGAUAAAGUC